AUGCUGAGCGCUGAUAUAAUCAAUCUCAAUGAAAGCAAUCAGUUCCAUGGUAAACGCAAAAGUCUAUCUGACGCAGAGAAACGAUUCGAAAGGUUUUUAGAGUCUUUAUUGCUUUUCGGAUUGAUUCUAUCUAAGGAAGAAACCGAAGUCGUGGAGAGCGUUUUAUCAAGAAAACUCCAAGGAUUUGAUGGUGGAGUAUUACCCGACGACCCACAAAGACGAAGAGCUGCCAAGAUUAAGGCUUUCAAGAUGAGAAAGCAUUUGGAGGAAAGGAUCAGCACAAGGGUUGAGUAUACUGAUCUAGGAAAAGGCGGGUAUAUCGCUCACGAGGAAGAGACAAGAGAGCUUUAUGUUGAUGAAUUGCGGCUCUUGGCUUUGCGAACCCUUGAACAUUUGAACCUGAUUUAUCUAGAAAUGCUGGUUCUUGAGGCUGCCACUACGGAUUCAGACUUUGAUUACCGUCAUUAUCAUCCGGAGAAUAAAAAUGAAGAAAAGAAGGAGUUACGAUUGGAGCAGGUUCCUGGAAAAAAGACUCCAAUUGAUCAAAUCGGAUUUAAAAAGGUCAGUUUACGGGACUGGCCAAACGUUACCAUCUAUGUCUGUGGAGGAGUACCUUGA